AUGAAAGACAUAAACGGGUUGAAGAGUGCCAUUUUAAAUUAUGCAGACUCAGUGGAGGACUUAGUUCAGAGCAGAAAAGAACAUGAGGCAAAAGUGAAAGCCAUUUUUGAGGAGUAUUGGGGUGGGUAUCCCAAAGAAGACGAAAUGGUGCGCGUUUGCAUGGGGUCACGUGGAAAAGACAUCCUAAAUGCAGAAUUGGCCAACAUAAAAAGAUAUGUACAGGACAGGCAUGCAAGUGGGAACAAGAGUGAAGUAGAAAAAGGGAAUGAGCAACACUUUCUUCACAGAACGAAGUUUCUAAAAUUUUUAACCACCUGUGGAAUUAGAGUGCCAUCCAAAGUAUUACUGUACUACGUCCUCGAGGCAGUAACGCAGUUGCGAAUUCAUCUAGAACGAAAUAAAGGUGACAUCAUUAAACACGAUGCUGUGACGAAGAGGGAAAAAUAUGUCCGCAUUAAUAGCUACUACUACGAUCAGGAGAAGGUACAUAUACCUUUCAUGUCUUUGUACAGGUCGCUAAGCAACGUAUUGUACAGCGUAAGUGAAAACAGGAUUGAAUCGAUAGAGACAUACGAACAUGUGAGGGAUGAAGUUGUCCAGAAUUAUAUGAACAUAGACGAUGUUAUGAGAAAGGCACCGGCGUUUCUAAACAUUAGUGUCUUCUUCUUUCUCGUCAAUUCGUAUAUCUAUUUGGGGAAAAAUAUAAAAUUAAAGAACAUAUGCAUAGAUGUAUUGAACCCGUAUGUAAGUGCUAUCUCGGAGGAUGAAAUGAACAUUUCUUCGGACGACACCUUUUACCUAAUUUUGGCACUACGCCUUUACUUUAGCAGCUUCUCGUACAACUCGGAGAUUCUAAAUCAGCUAAGUACCUACAACAAACACUUCGUCUCUUCCAUACUAUCUUUACCGAAUCAGUCGGAUGGGUUAUACACCGAUCAGAAUGCAAAAUACGUGUACAUAACGGAGUUCCUUAAUAGACAAGACAAAAGCGUCGAACUGAAGAAGGUGUACGUCCCUCCCUUUGGCUAUUCCCUGACCUCUUUGAAGAACCUAACGGUUUACAUUUUGGACUCAGCUGGGCAGUACUAUGCUAAUGAGGUGGCCACUCUGCGCAGCUGCGUUUUCUGGAGAUACUACCUCGCCGCGAAGGACGGAUUCACCCUCGUGCGUCUCUGCCAAAAGGAGGACUACGCCGAUUUGUUCACCGAAGGAAAGCGAGACGAAGUUCUGCAGACAGCUAUCAGUAAGGAUUACAUAUACGACUGCGACGAGUUGGUUCGCCCACCUGGCCACAAGCAUGCGGAGGGUAAAGGUUAG